AUGACAAUUUUUAACGACACAGCCCAGAAUACCGUCGACGAUGCCUCGACUAACCUUGAAGUUACUGGCGAUGUCAGUGACGCAGCCUGGUUGAUGGUCGACAAUAGUGCCGUUGGCCUGGGUGAUUUCACUGUCGGGAGGCUUCUCGUACACACCCUGUUCGUCGACGCUGUUGAGAAGAGGAUUCAGGCCGAGAAGGACGAGGUCGCGGUAACGACUGCUUCGGGCACCCUCGAACAUGGAGUGCAGGGGAAUCUUGAGGCCACUAAGCAGGCAACGGAGCCCAAGAUUUCAGCAGACUUUGCCGCGCUGAUGAACGGCGACACCCUUCGCUUCACUCCAUGGGAUUACAUUUUUGGAGCGGAUGCCCGUUAUCCAUUUUCUGCCUGGAAUGAUCAAGGAGAUGAUCGGGCUCGAAGCGAUACUGUUUGGCAGUCCGACAUCGACAAGUUGGUGGGUGCGGUCGACGAAACCAAGGACUUCGAUACCGAUGGUUCAGGCGAUUUAAUGCUUUCGAAUCCAAUGUGGGACCCGAGUUUGAGGGCCAUACCAAGGUCUCAUCCGCUACCGAGGCUUUCACGGAAGUCGGGAUCAGAUGAGGAGGCCCGCAAGGAGAGCUCACUGGCGUCGACCCGAGUAGAAGACGCCCUCGAUUCAAACUCAACACUAACAAUGGAUCCCGAUGUGGAAACCAGCCUCGACGCAGAAACCAUCAAGAACGGAUAUAUACAUUUUGUGCGCAAGAUUACCGACCUGCAAAAUCGGGCCUCAGUCGAAGAUGUUUGGGCAUACGGGUGGCUUCCAGGGCUGGAGGACGUACGAUUGGCGUAUGAGGCCGAGAAGGGCGAUAUCAUCAAAGCAGUGAACGCCGAACGCAUGGCCACCCAGCCCACCCACAUGACCGAAUUGCAGGGCGACAUCUUCACGAAGCUGAAAGCGGCUGAUGACAGCGCCGGCGUCAUCACGGCACGCACUUUCUUCGACCUCUCUCGCCACCCCGUGCCGAAUCAAGUGCUGAUCUCGACGCUCAUCGCCGACGAAGCAAGAAUGUCGAAGGGCAACUCCGGCAACUAG